AUGGAUUACCGCAACACUUACGCUGAAUUUGCCAACAGUGGCAGCCCUCGAGGUUACUUGUCUCGGCAGUCCGCGUCGUUGGCGUCCCCCAUCCUGACCCAACGCACAUCGCCCAUCACUUCCACGACGGCAGCACCACCGCUGAGCCCGAUUUCGCGCUCGUUGCUGCUCUCCAACGCCAUGGGACCGCUGGACCGCAAACUUCCACCUGGCAACUCUGCCAUUUUCGCCAAUGAAAGUCUCGAACGUCUGCGCCUCCCCAUUCGACCGGACAUUUUCUCCGUUCCACGCUCCCCCGCUCCACCUGCCGCGUUCAAACCCCGCCGUCGCCCCAAACUGCCUCCCGCGUCUUCCUCGAGCGCCGUCUUUCGCCGCAAGCGCUUCCUUGUGUUUAUGAAGGUCCUCCUCAAGUGUCUCAAACGAGACAUGACCAAGAACCCGCAGUCGGCCCGUCUCUACCAACACGCCAAGGCCAUUAUUGCCGACUGCACGCAACGAAAUCGUCAAAAGGAUCCCCACUACUGUCCGCUCCCCGAAGCCGUAGAACGUCGUCUACGACCCGUCGUCGGAGAAGCCCAGUGGAAACGCGCUCAUGCUUGUCUCGACUUGUACUUGGAAAAACGUCGUCAGCUGCAUCGAUUGCCUGCAUCUCAUCACACCACCACGACGGUCGAUCCGCUCCAAGUCUCCUUCCCCGAAAUCUGCCGCACCGCGUCCGAUCCGUGGAGAAAGGAAGGCGUCUGA